AUGGUUCAAGCUGCACAGGAGGAUUGUAAAAAUGACCCAGAAUCAUUUCAAAGAUUAUUGAAAGAUGCAGAAAAACCGUUAUAUCCUGGUUGUAGAAACUUUACAAAAUUGUCUGCAUUGAUUAAAUUGUACAACCUAAAAGCACGCUUUGGGUGGUCUGAUAAAAGCUUUUCAGAGCUUUUAGAAAUGCUUGGAAAUAUGUUGCCUGUGAAUAAUGAGUUGCCAUUGUCUAUGUAUGAAGCAAAAAAGACAUUGAAUACAUUGGGAAUGGAAUAUGAGAAAAUACAUGCAUGUCCUAAUGAUUGUAUCCUUUAUAGGAAUGAGUUGAAAGAUGCAUCGUCAUGUCCUACUUGUGGAACUUCAAGGUGGAAGACAGAUAAAACAGGAACUAAAAAGAGGAAGGGGGUUCCAGCGAAAGUAAUGUGGUAUUUCCCUCCAGUUCCAAGAUUUAGAAGAAUGUUUCAAUCAGUAAAAAUUGCAAAAGAGCUCAUAUGGCAUGCCGAAGAAAGAGAUUUCGAUGGUCCACGACAACCUGGUAAUGACAUUGACAUCUAUUUAGCACCGCUGAUAGAAGAUCUUAAAACAUUGUGGGAGGUCGGAGUCCAGGCUUAUGAUGCACAUCAACGAGAGUUCUUUACAUUAAGAGCUGUUCUAUUAUGGACAAUCAGUGACUUCCCUGCUUAUGGAAACUUGUCUGGGUGCACAGUUAAAGGAUAUUUUGGUUGUCCAAUAUGCGAGGAAGAAACAUAUUCUCGUAGAUUGAAACAUGGAAAAAAGAACUCAUAUACAGGACAUAGACGAUUUCUUCCUUGCAACCAUCCAUUUAGGAAACAAAAGAAAGCAUUUGAUGGUGAACAAGAGUUUAGGCCACCUCCACAAAUAUUAAUUGGAGAGGAAAUUCUCAAAAAAGUCAAAGUCAUUUGUAAUUCAUGGGGGAAAAAAAAGUUUAAUCGUGGUAAAUCCAAAGUUAGCAAUCCAAAUUGUUGGAAGAAGAAGUCCAUAUUCUUUGAUCUUGAGUAUUGGAAAUAUCUUCAUGUUCGUCAUAAUUUGGAUGUAAUGCAUAUUGAGAAAAAUGUUUGUGAAAGCAUCAUUGGUACCUUACUCAACAUUCCAGGUAAGAUAAAGGAUGGACUGAACUGUCGUUUAGAUCUUGUAGACAUGGGCUUAAGGAGCGAAUUGGCACCAAAGUUUGAAUCAAAGAGAACCUAUCUCCCUCCUGCAUGUUAUUCACUUUCGAAAAUGGAAAAGAAGGUAUUUUGCCAAACUCUUUCACAAUUGAAGGUUCCUUAUGGAUACUGCUCUAACCUUCGAAACCUUGUGUCAAUGGAAGACUUGAAGCUUUAUGGCUUGAAAUCCCAUGAUUACCAUACAUUAAUGCAGCAAUUAUUGCCUGUUUCAUUACGAUCUAUUUUUCCAAAGCAUGUGAGGAAUGCCAUUUGUAGAUUGAGUUCUUUUUUCAAUACUCUCUGUAGUAAAGUGGUUGAUGUUCCUACAUUAGAUGAGUUACAAAAUGAGGUUGUGGUGACAUUGUGCUUGUUUGAAAAGUAUUUCCCACCUUCAUUCUUUGAUAUCAUGGUGCAUCUUACUGUGCAUCUUGUAAGAGAGCUGAGACUUUGUGGACCAGUUUACCUUAGGUGGAUGUACCCAUUUGAAAGGUUCAUGAAAGUGUUAAAAGGCUAUGUACGAAAUCGUAAUCGACCCGAAGGUUGCAUCGCUGAAUGCUAUAUUGCAGAAGAAGGCAUUGAGUUUUGUACAGAGUACUUAUCAAAUGUUGAGGCAAUUGGAAUUCCUAGUACUUCAAACAUUGACCAAAAAGUUGGGGCAUCUAUAUUUGGAGGUCAUACCAUGAAGGUUGAAGUUGCCAUUGGUAAUGAAGAACCUGUAUCUGAAACCCUUAAAUGGAUAGCUCAUGGUCCUAGCCACUAUGUUUUUAAGUAUCAUGGCUAUGUCAUUAAUGGGUGUCACUACCAUACCAAGAAGCGUGAUGAUUUACGAGCUACCCAAAAUAGUGGAGUCAAAAUUGUAGCUACAACAAUGCAAAUUGAUAGUGCCAAGGAUAAAAAUCCAGUAUUUGGUGAGCUUUGUUUCUAUGGGGUUAUUACUGAGAUUUGGGAUCUUGAUUAUACCAUGUUCAGGAUUCCAAUCUUCAAGUGUGAUUGGGUUGAUAAUAAGAAUGGAAUCAAAGUUGAUGAUCUUGGGUUUACCUUAGUUGACUUCAGCAAAAUGGCUCAUAAAUCAGAUCCUUUCAUUUUAGCCUCCCAGGCUAAGCAAGUUUUCUAUGUACAAGAUGAACUUGAUCCAAGAUGGUCAGUUGUUUUAUCAACUCCUCAACAAGACUUCUUGGAAAGGGACGAGGGUGAUGAUCUCAUGGAUAACUCUAUUGAACACCAUCCAGUCAUAUCUUCUUUGCCACAAGUUGAAUCAUUUGAUGCUAUGGAUGACUCUGAUGCAAUAUGUAUGCGAGGCGAUUGUGAGGGGAUUUGGGUUGAGAACAAAUAG